CAUUAUUUCAAAUGAGUAAUGUUAAUAAUGCAGAUAUCGAAUUUUUAUACCAACACUUGGACUCUUUUACCUAAGAGCAAAUUACCUAUGAAAAAUCAAGGAAAUUGUAUCCAGCAAAGACUGUUUCUUUGGUCAAUAGUAGUUAUCAUAUUUACGUGGCACACCACGUCUGCUCGGUUGGAUUACGAGCAUCGACGGACGAUAAACGAGCUCGAAGAUAUAUUUGAAAUCUUGCGGAAAAAUCAAGCGUCGACGACGGUGAGGGAAGGGUCAAAAUGGUCGGACGCGGUCGACGCGUGGGUAACAGAAACCCAAGGAAAGAGUAUCACUGGAAAGUACGGUUCUACAAAUGAACGGAAUCAAAAAAUUUCAGUGACGAGGGAAUCUAUUUGGAAAGUUUGGAAUAGUUUACGUACUGGAACUAGGGAACUGGUGAUUAAAAAAUUGUAUCCGUUACUCAUUCCCCAGGAUUCUUCGGAAGAGUUAAACUGGCGAUUGCAUUGCGCAGACGCUUAUAAACUUUGUAUGGCUGAUACAAAUUGUUAUUGGAAAUACAAAAAUUUCUUGUCUUCGUGUACUGAUAAAGAUUUGUCAAUAUUAAAUACAGAAGACGAAGAAUCAGAUGAAUUUUUUCCUAGCGAUGCUUUGGAAACCAAACGAACUCGUCGCCGUCUAAUUCCAGAUAGAAAACGCCAUCACAAUUCGCGCAGGAGAAGCGUGAAAAGGGAUGUGUAUGAAGUAGAACGAAAAAUGAGAAGCGAAGCAAGAGUGACGAGAAGACGGAAAAGAACGCAGAGACAAAAAUCUGUAUUUUGGAUGGGGCAAUACUUUCUAUCGGAAAAAUAUACAGACCCAUACUCGGUAUUACGAUAUUUUUCUAUGGCUUCUCGAAGCAGCAAAUGCUCAACAAAAUGCGUUCAUUCUUUGAUGAUGCUAAAUGAAACAGUGUAUGGUGCUCUUCUGGCUCACUGUGAUUGUCGAGCCCAAACCAUGCCGUCUGCGUAUCAGGUUUCAGGAUCAGUGCUUCAAAAAAAUCAAAUCGAUUCAACGGAUGGUUCCCAAAUAUCUCAAGAGAAAUAUCUCCAAGAUUGGGAAAAUACAUGUUUCAUUCACCAAAGGUCAGCUCAGACAUGUCGUCCUCGAACAUUUCGCAGAACAUCAGGAAUCAUUGGUUGCACCGAGGCUCGACAAAGAUGUGAAAAAAACUCUAUUUGCAGGAUAGCUCAGCAGAAUUUUCUCUCAAAAUGUUCACAGGUUAUAAAUGGUAUUCACUGCAGCAGCUCUUGUAAAGAAAGCGUUCGUAGAUUGCGUCAAGCGACUUCACACUAUGAUACAUGCGUCUGUGAUACUUCCGAAGGUCCAACGUGUCAACAAAUCAGAAGCAACGUUGUUCAUCUCUGCGAUAUCCCCCUUGGAGACAAUACCAAAGACUUUCAAGAUCAAUCAACAAAACAAAAUUUAAAAGUUGACAAAAAUCCGACAUUGACGGACCAAAAAACAUCUGCGCAAAUAUAUUCACAAAAUCCAAGAAAGUUUGACGAUAAUUCUACAAAUGUUUUAAAUCGUUCUAAUGAAAGUCGAAAGACUCCUAAUUCAAGCGCAGCAAGUUUUUUUAUUUCUCAGUAUCAUUUUAUAAUAUUGCAAUUUUUUGCUGUUAUUAUAUCAGUACUAUUUACGGAGUAGUGGGAUAAAAUAACUUUAAUAUUAUUGGUUGGUUGAACUGGAUAAAUUUAAUAACAAUAAAUAGAUUAUAAAUCGCUGACAAUCAUCCCAGAAUUCAUAUCAUCAAGGUGUAGAUAAACUGAACGAUUGAUUUUGUAAAUUGCUAUAGUCGGGGUUCCGGGUUCCGGCUGGUCCGGUGAUCUGAUAAGGUCAAGAAGCGCAUGACAAUUUAUAUUGUACAAAACCGACGUAUAGGCAAAACCAUGUACAUUCUUGUUGGGUACUAUACUUCAAUUAACGGUCAUUUACAACUGGCCACUAAAAUUCCUUGUAGUUUCAGGGAGUCGGCUUAUACAACGCCAAACGGCAUUUAGAUUGUCUAAUUUAUUUGUCCAUGGGUAGACUUAAAAGGAGUUUGUGUAGUCUUAUUAUAUAAAACAACCCGUUUACUUUCUUAAUUUGAAUUUUUACGAUAUUUUUCAAUAUUCGAGUGUGUUAGAGUAAAAACGUUAGUCAGUAAAUAUGUUGCACUUUUUAUUCUAUUUUUCAUUUCAAGCCUCAAAAUAAUAAUCAAUGUUAAUAUUAACUGUCUUCAAGUUAUUUUUAAAAUACAUGUUCAUUUUUUAAUACUCAUACAUAUGUUUUAAUGUUCUUUUAUUGUUGAAUAAAAGUUUCGAAAAUG